UCCUCGUAUGACGGAAACUAGGAUGUAAAUAUUACAUCACGGUGAGAAAUGUCUGGAACUAAAGGUUGUGUAAAAUCAGAUGAAGAUCGGAAGGGCACACCCAAGAUAUUACAGCUGAUACGUCAGGCUCAGGGACUAGCCCCCAACCCUGAGGAGGAGUCUGCCCUCAAGAAACUCACACCCCACGUGCCUGGGAUCGUCACAUUUGCCAAUCAUUCACGUGCGCUGCCAUGGACAACUUCCUAUAGCACAGUGCUCAUGUUUGCUGAUAUAUCAGGUUUUACUGCACUGUGUGAGAAGUACGGCGCUAAACAGAAUGCAGGCAUAGAUCAACUUACCAAAACUCUCAAUGCUUAUCUAGGAGAAAUUGUAGAAAAUAUCAUUUCAUCAGAAGGCGAUGUUUUAAAAUUUGCAGGAGAUGCUAUAUUGUCUGUGUGGAGGGUAAAUGACGAAACCGAACUCGGUACCACGGUGGACCAAGUGAUCAAGUGCUGUCUCAACAUCCAGAAUAAAUGUGGUGCGUGGGAGACGGACAUCGGUGUUACACUCACCGUUAAAAUGGGAGUGUCUGCUGGAGAAAUGUCCGUGACGUUCCUGGGAAAUGACGAAUUCCGUGUUUACGUAGAACUUGGUCCAGCCGUCCGUGACGUCAAUGUAGCGGAACAUUUUUGUGAGGCAGGGCACAUCGUUCUUUCACCCCGGGCAUGGGAACUCUCUUGUCAUAGUCUUUAUAAUCACGAACUGUUACCUGACGGACAAUACGCACGUAUUAUUUCAUUUUGGAGGGCGCGUUCCUCCGUGUCAGAAUCGCAAAGAGAUGGACCUCUCUGGUUUAUGCGAAAGAGGAAAAUGAGCGGUGACUGGGGAAAGACCGUUACUGGAAUCACGGCGGCCUCCGCUUUCACAGAGGGAGUUUCUAAGUCGCUCUUCACCACACCAAUCCCUAUCAUCAAUGAAGCAAGCACUUCCAAAAGCUGUGACGAUGAAUCCAACAAAGGUGAAAUGAAACACACACCAACAGCAUCAUCGAGUCGUAGGAACUCGGAGCCUGCGCACUCGACGAUCAUUGAGGAGGGGGGUGAAAAUCAUACCCGGCCAGGAAAGCCAAAGCUCGGCCUUAGCAAACUACGCAAUGUGGUGAAAACGGUAAAAGAAAUGAGAUUGGAUGAAAGUUUACGAUUAUAUAUACUACAUCCUGUGUUGAAAAAGUUGGAUGACAACCAACCUUUAGAAUACCUGUCUGAAAUGAGGAAUAUCACGGUUGUAUUCAUGAAUCUGGUUCUUAAUGAAAAGCAUGAAGUCACAAAGCUUCUACAGGAGGUCUUUGAUGUGGUAUACUUACAAUCCAAAAUCAUGCACGGAUGCUUAAAUAAAGUUUUUUUCUUUGACAAGGGUUGUACUUUUCUUGUAAUAUUCGGACUUCCUGGAUACAAGCACGAGAGAGAUUGUGCGCAUGCGUUAAUAUGCUCCCACAAGAUGAAAAAGUUACUGGAUCAGCUUGCUGGGGUCAAUUCUGUCUCCAUUGGUGUGACAACAGGAGGAGCAUUUUGUGGGGUAGUGGGGCACAAAAACCGACAUGAAUACUCAGUAAUCGGUAGAAAGGUUAAUAUGGCUGCUCGAUUAAUGAUGCAUUACCCUAACAAGGUGACAUGUGAAGACAGAACGUUUCAACAAUCCCGACUUCCUUCCAUCAACUUCAGAGUGCUUGGAGCCAAGAGAAUGAAGGGUCUGCAGAAUGUAGGGAUAAUCAGGGAGUACAUGGAAUCUACUGACACUUCCGCUCGGGACGUGGCUAAAAUCCCAUACUUCCAGUUCCCACUGCUAGGUAGAGAACAAGAGAUAGAGGUGUUUGAACUGGAACUACAGAGGUUAGCUAAUCAAAGAGAUGAGGAAUUCCCAAACCAUUACAUCAUCAGCGGAGCAUCAGGAAUUGGCAAAACACGCCUUCUAGACCAUUUCAUCCAUCUAGCAGAGAAAAACGGCAUAAAUGUCAUUUCCUGCGCACUCAGGCUGCAACAUUUACACGUCCAUAACUGUCUCAGCAACUACAUCUUCCAUGUGCUUCUGUCAUCAUCCGGGUUCUCUCAUCGAAUAGAAGAUGAACCGGAACUUAUCAGUGUACUCUCCACUUACGCACUAGAUUCCAAACUUUAUCUUCUGAAUAACAUUCUGGGAUCAAAGUAUCAUAGACCGAAGGAUAAAAAUGACACAGAGGAAGAUCUUCGAAGAAUUCUCACUCUCAUCAUUGAAAAGUGUACAGAGAAGCACCCUGUAUUGGUAGUGGUGGAUGAUGCUCAGAAUGUGGACGAUCUAUCCUGGAAGUUCCUCUGUGAACUCCGUAAUAUGAAGGGUGUGUUUAUUGUCCUCUCUUCCCGUCCGGCGGCUAUCGAGAAACCAACGUCUGAGGACGCUGGACAAUACAUUGAGUCGUCCUCUGUACGAGUGUUGGACCUUGGCGUACUUGACACUCAGUAUAUCCCAGCACUGGCAUGUCAACUCAUGGACGUGGUUAGAAUCCCUUGUGAAUUAGAAAUAAUGUUACGAGAGAGAACUCAGGGUGUACCGUAUUGGUGUGAACAGUUACUUCUAGAUAUGACAGAGAAGAAUCAGCUGAUUAUUACGUACGAUGAUGGAAGUACCGCUAUGAGACAAAAUACUAUAGCCCCCAAGGCAGCACAACUGGAAAAAGUCUUUUCUGAUCACAGCUUUGAUGAAAUUUUAGAUGAAAAUGACAAUGAUCAAGUUGAAUACAAUCGAGUGAGCUCAUCAUUUAGAGUAAAAGAUGAUGAGAAUCAGAUGGAACACGGAGAAUUGUUAGGUUAUGGAUACAUCCAUCAAAAGGAUAACAAACAAAAAGUGAAAGUCGCCAUGUUUUCUCCACAUGUCAACCCACAGGAAAUAGAGGUUCCACUCAUCAUGAAAGAGCUUAUCAUUGCCCGACUUGAUUCCAUGAGAGCAUCCGAACAACUGAUUGUGAAAUGUGCUGCUGUUUUAGGACAGGCCUUCCCGAGAGAUAUGAUUGAAUAUAUAUUACCAAAAGUACAGCGUGUCAAAGCCAGAAAAUCGUUCAGGCGCCUCAAGCAGAUCGGCAUUUUUGAGUGUGCUAAUAUACCGACAGGUCGAGCAGCGCUUCUGUUACAAACGAAUGGUCUUCAUCCGGAAGCCUGCUUUUGUCCGAAAAAGGAGGAUGAUUAUGACGUAGAUUUGUGUAACGUUAUGCGAUUUAAGAAUAAUUUGUUACAACAAACCGCAUAUAACAUUCUUAUGGAAAGCCAGAGAUUAGAUCUUCAUAAUAAAACCGUUGAAUACCUCGAAAAUCAAGCCAAUGAGAUUAGAAACAGAAUUCCAUAUUAUCUUCUGUAUCGAAAACCGAAAGAAAGUUUGGAGAAUAAACAAGCCGGAGUUGCCCCUGCAGUCAUUAGGAGGUCCAAUAAAGUAGGAGACGUCAACAUGGACAUGGACAACAAAAACUCUUCCAGAAGGAACAGAAGAGGGGCUGUUUGUGUUUCUAGAGAAGACAUAGAUCCAUUGAUAAAAGCUGUUUGCCAGUUAGACAACGGUCAACAGAAGCUUGAUGAACUUGUGAAGAGACUAAUCCCCAUUUACCAGGAUAUAGAGCGGCACAUGCGCGCUGCAAAUGACUCCAAACACAUAGUGGAUUUGUUAUUGGAAUAUGCUGCCGCUGUCAUUCUUCUGAAAAACGCAGAAAAAACAAGAGAGAUUCUAAAUACAGUGGAUACAUUAAUGAAAGAAAUCGAUGACAAAACUUUCUCAUCUGAUGUUUUCCGGUUGUCGAAAAUUGCCAGAAUUCGGGGAAAGAUUGCUUACCAUUCUGGCGAUUUAGAAAGCGCCCAUUGGUGGCUUUCUCACGCAGGAAAACUACUUGGAAUUCACCAGCCGUCCAGAGGCUGCUGGAUCUGGCCGGUAACACUGAGACAUAUGAUCCGCCUACGAGCUCUCAGACAUUCUCCAAUAGCCAGAAGACCUGCCACUAUCAAGACGUUAGAACAGGGGUACUGCCUGUCAGAUCUUCACUGGUUUUACUCAGAAAGCGGAAAUAAGGGUUUUUUAUUCCUUACCGCUCUACAACAGAUGAUGAAAGUUACUGGAAGAACCUGUCAUCUUCACCAGGUGGUGGAGUCGUAUGCUGAUAUAAUGAGGCUUUGCAAGUUCGAAAGCACAAAGAAGAAACUAGAAACAGAACUUUUUGCAAUUUGUUCAUCCAGACACGAUGAGUUGUCUCCCAGUGAUCUGGUGCUGUUAGCUAGCAUGUAUACCGAUAUGGCAACAAACUACCUUAACGUAGGAGACCUCCGAAGUGCUCUAUCUUCUAGUACUGGAGCCUACGAGGUCUGUGACAAAUUAAACAAUCAGGACAUUGGGUUAGUCGUGUCGCCUAUCCUAGCCUCUUGUCUGGUUCUAACCUGCAGAAAUGAUCAGUUUACAGAAUAUCUACAGAAACUUCGAUCUUUUGUCUGCUACUCUGAUGGUAGAAUCCACCGAGCCUGGUAUUACAUUUUCUGUAUGGAGAGAAUAUUAAAUGGAGAUUACCCACUCCAAUCAUUCCAGUGCUGUCUGGACUUUGCUACUAAUUACUUACGUUCUUGUGAUGCCGUCACUAAUGAAUAUAUUCCUCGUCUCUUUCUUGCAAUGGAAAUUGCACUAUGGUUUUGUCGGAAAGGUCAAUGGGACUCUGGCCAGGUUUGGUUCAGUUACUCGGAGGUGUAUGACACAAAUGUCGUGUCGUUUUUAGCUUUGUAUGCACUGUCUCGUAAAAUUGAAGUCAUGCUUCUUUCCCUGAACACAAGCAGAGUAACAUUGUCCAAAAAAGCUUUAGAAGCAUUGAAAAAACAUAUCGUGAUGGAUUUGAAGAAAAUAGAAAGUGGUUGCAGAAAAAUUUCCUCGAUGUUGCCGCGCUUUUAUCACCUUAAGGCUUACUUUUGUCUUCUGAAACGCUCCCAGUGUCAAUCAAAGUGGCAUCUACUGAAAGCAAGAAAAACUGCAACUCAGCAUGGUAAUAUACUUGAAUUAAGAUGGACUGAAAGGCACAGGAUGGUCUGGUUUAAGAAAAUGGACUUAUUGGAGCAAUGGGACAGUUUUACAGAGGUACCCCAAGAAUACUGGAAACAAAGGCCCACAGAAUCUCAUAUGUAUACUUGGCCAAUAGUGCCUCAAGCCAGAAACCGCGAAAAAUCAGCAAUGUACUACUCUUAAAUCUACUUAGGACUAAUUGUAUCACACUGGAGAAUCUCAUAAUUUAUAUACUUCUAUGUUUGACAUAUGGCGAAAUUAAGCAUAUGUGAGGAAUCGUGAAUUAAAUCCUUGCCAUUGUAUACAUUUUCUUUUGUCUGGAGUAUUUUUUUCUCGGUUAAGAGAUGUGAUUAGACUCAAUCAAUGAAAUAUGAAUUAUUUUGUACACAUAAACAUUAAAAAAUACUUUUUAUAUUCAAUGUUAUGUUACUCAUGUUGUAUGUAACGUACUAAAGAAGAUAUCAAUAAAAUGUAUUUUUAGAAGGA